AUGCCUCCCUCCGCAUCCUCCGCCGGUGCGAGCGCCGCCUCGCCUUCCGGUUCCGCAUCCGCUUCAGCCUCCGAUCCGACCCCGUCUUGGUGGGAGUCCGUCUCGCAGGCGCGGUCCCGCAUCCUGGCGCUCUCCUCCAUCCUUCCCGCCGCAGUCUCCCACGACGUGGCGGCGCUGGCCGACGCCGACUACCCGCUUCCCUCCUUGCUCUCCGACUUCGAGGCCGUCCUCCUCGCUGUGUACUCCUCCGAGGCCAAGAAUCGCCAGGGGAAGCCGAUCCUCGUCCAGGUGCCCGACCUCUCCGUCCCAUCCCUAUACCACACGCCGGCGUCCAGCCCCAGCUCCAAGUCCCCUCGCCGAUCGCAGCCCCUGCCGAUUCCCCCUCCGCAGGCGACUCCCGUGGUGGGGGUGCUCUCGCCGCCGCUGGAGCCACAGGCCGCGGUGAAAUCGACGAAGCGCGCCGGAAUUAUUGGAGUCGCAUUUGAGGCCUACUACUCCAAGAUUUCGCAGAUGCCUGCUGCGUCGAAGGUGGAUGCCUGCAAUGCUGCGGCUGCGUGGGCAGGGCAGUACUGCAAAUGCCAUUUUGAGCUUGAUGACAAGGAACUGGAAGAAGAGGAGGGUGACUCUCUGGGGUCUAUCUCGCCAAUGCCCUCAGAGGCUGAGAAUGGGAAGGAACUGGAGGACGAAUUGGCCAGGAUGCGUAUCAAUGGAGACAUCAGUGGCCGGAAUUGCAGCGAAGAUGACAAGGAGGCGAGGGUGCCACUUCCCUGGGAGCUGCUCCAACCAUUGAUGAGGGUUCUUGGGCACUGCUUGCUUGCGCCACUGAGGCCGAGAUCUGUUGUCCCUUGUGUGGAAGAAAUUGGAAAGAACUAUGAAUCUACACCUGCCCUGGCAACCAACAAGGCCAUUUCAACUAAAACAAGUUUUACCCUAUAUGCAGUAGUUGUUUUCCCUUUCUUAGAGGAUCUUGCAUUUAAACAUGGGAUAUUUUUGGCCCAUAAAAGAUGUCUUUGUUUGGCCAGCAGUGUUCCUGUGACUGAUGGCCAUGGAAAUGCUGCAGUACAAGCACGGCUCCAAUUCCAGAUUGCAGAGAUUUCUAGACUAAGUAAACUUCUAGCAAUUUCAUUGGAGGAAAGGCUCCUAGGCAGCUAG